AACAUCCCAGGGACACCAAUGGGGCAGGGACAACAUCCUGGGGCAGGGACACCAACGGGGCAGGGACACCAACGGGGCAGGGACAACAUCCCAGGGCAGGGACAACAUCCCAGGGACACCAACAGGGCAGGGACAACAUCCCAGGGACACCAACGGGGCAGGGACACCAACAGGGCGGGGACAACAUCCCAGGGCAGGGACACCAACGGGGCAGGGACAACAUCCCAGGGACACCAACGGGACAGGGACACCAGCGGGGCAGGGACAACAUCCCAGGGACACCAACAGGGCAGGGACACCAUUCCAGGGACACCAACGGGGCAGGGACACCAACAGGGCAGGGACAACAUCCCGGGGACGCCAACGGGGCAGGGACACCAACGGGGCAGGGACAUCAGCAGGGCAGGGACACCAACAGAUCAGGGACACCAUUCUGGGGACACCAACAAGUCAGGGACACCAUUCCAGCAGGUCAGGGACACCAAUAGGGCAGGGACUCCAUCCCAGGGAAUCCCAGCUGGCCUGGGACACCAUUCCAGGUCAGGAACACCAUCCCAGGGCAGGGACACCAUCCCAGGGAGUCCCAUCAGGUCAGGGACGCCAUCCCAGGGAAUCCCAGCUGGCCUGGCUGGGAUGGACCCCAAUCCCAGCCCCUUCCAUCCUCACAGACUGUUCCAAGUCCUGUCCAGACUUUUCCUUGGACACUCCCAGGGAUUCUCUGGGAAUUCCAGCCCUGCCAGGAAUUCCCACCCAUCUCCCCUUUCCCAGCUACCUUGGGAUUUCUCCCAGAUUUUGGAGAGGAGUUUUUCCCUGUGCAAAUCCCACUUCUCCCUCCUUGCUUCAUCCCUGUGCUGGGAAAAGGUCAGGAAGGGAAGGAUUUGGGGUGGGAAUUCCUCCCUCCCCUCCUUCAGGGAGCCUCAAGCUCCUCCUGUCCCAGCCCCUUCCAUGGAGACGGAAUUUUCCCCCUGUCCCCAAGUGCAGGAUCCAACUUGCUGCAAGAGCAAUUCCUGCAGCCUGGGCUUCCAUCUUCUCUGCUGCCUUCCCAUGCCAUGGAAUGCUGGAAUUCCAGCCUGGACUGGGUGGGAAGGGACCUUCAAUCCCAUCCCAUUCCAACCCUGA